CAUUUGUCACGUUCAUUCCGCUGUUCGAUCACAUACCGUAAACUACUAUGGUGUAGCCUAUAUUGUAAAAAAAAUAAAACCGUGAAGUUUAUAUUGUCAACAUGAGCCUGUAACGUGUCCUGAAACUGCUCUGAGCUGCAGGCGUUAUGCGGCCCCUUAAGGAUGCACAACUUGGCGCUUCUACCUUUUUUGCCUCUGCUCUGCCCCAUGAUGUCUGCGGGAGCAAUGGCCUGCCCCUCACUCCAAACUCCAUCAAGAUCCUGGGACGCUUUCAGAUCUUGAAAACUAUUACUCACCCCCGACUUUGCCAGUAUGUGGACAUCUCCAGAGGGAAGCACGAACGGCUGGUUGUUGUCGCUGAACACUAUGAGAGCAGUUUAAGUAUUUUCCCAAAUCAGGGAAAAACAGCCAGCCCGGAGAAGGUUCUGCAGAUGGCCUAUGAAGUCCUUGAAGGGCUGGAGUUCAUGAACAAGCAUGGUAUGGUGCACAGAACCCUUAGUGCACACAAUGUCCUCAUGGAUUGUAAGGGUAAUAUCAAACUGGCAAAGUUUGGCCUGUAUCACAUGACUGACCAUGGUGCUGAUGUGGACUUUCCUGUUGGGUAUCCAUCAUACCUGGCACCGGAGGUGAUUGCCCAGGGGUCAUUCCACCCCAGCGACCCUUCCCAUGAUCAGAUUCCUUUGCCCUCCGGGCCCAAGACCGACGUUUGGUCUCUCGGGGUUCUGCUGUUUGAGAUGUGUGCAGGCAGACGAUUACUGCAGAAUAUUGAUAUAAGUGAGAGACUGAAAUUCAUCUUGACCUUGGGUUGCAUGGACGAAAUUGUCACUGUCCUUGCUGAGGAGCAUGGCUGCCUAGAUAUUAUCAAGGAGCUCCCAGAUAAUGUUUUGGAGUUAUUAAGGAAAUGCUUGACCUUUCUUCCCUCCAAAAGGCCUACCCCUGCAGAGCUGCUGGGGGACCCAGUGUUUCAAGGGAUCUCAUGCCUUUAUACCCUCUACCAGAAGCCUGUUAGCCUCUUCUCCUCUUCCCUCCGCUGUGCGCAUUUAGAGCUCCCAGAGGACAUCAGUGACCUCUGCAAAGAUGAAGGUGAAGACUACCUAUCGGAGCGGGCCAUAGAUGAGGUGUAUCAUCUGUGGUGUCUGGCAGGGGGAGACCUGGAGAAGGAGUUGACCAACAAGGAGAUCAUCCAGUCAAAACCUCCAGUCUGCACGUUGCCCAAUUUUUUGCUUGAGGAUGGUGAGUCAUUUGGCCAGGGCAGAGAUCGGAGCUUCUUGCUAGAUGACACAACAGUCACACUGUCCCUCUGCCAGCUCAGAAAUAGACUGAAAGAUGUGGCGGGAGAAGCCUAUUACCCCCUAUUAGAGGAUGAACAGUCAAGUAUGCCACAGUCAACCAGUAGCAAUGAGCUGUCUGCCACCAUCACGCUACCGCUCAUCAUCCGUGAGAGGGACACAGAGUACCAACUCAUCCGCAUAAUCCUCUUUGACAGGCUGCUGAAGGCCUAUCCUUACAAAAAGAACCUAGUGUGGAAGGAGGCCAGAGUGGAUAUCCCACCACUGAGACGAGGCCUGGUAUGGGCUGCACUGCUCGGCAUCGAGGGGGACAUUCAAGCCAAGUACGACAGCAUUGACAAGGACACUCCUAUACCAACUGACAGACAGAUUGAGGUGGAUAUCCCGCGCUGUCACCAGUAUGAUGAGUUGCUGUCGUCUCCUCAGGGCCACAUCAAAUUCAGGCGUGUGCUGAAAGCCUGGGUGGUCUCGCAUCCUGACUUGGUCUAUUGGCAGGGUUUGGAUUCACUAUGUGCCCCUUUCCUCUACCUAAACUUCAACAAUGAAGCACUGGCAUAUGCCUGUAUGUCUUCCUUUAUCCCCAAAUACCUGUAUAACUUUUUCCUAAAGGACAACUCUCAUGUCAUCCAAGAGUACUUGACUGUCUUCUCCCAGAUGAUUGCCUUCCAUGACCCGGAGCUAAGCAACCACCUCAAUGAGAUUGGCUUCAUCCCAGAUCUCUAUGCUAUUCCCUGGUUCCUGACAAUGUUUACACAUGUGUUUCCACUACACAAGAUCUUCCACCUGUGGGACACGCUGCUGCUGGGCAACUCCUCUUUCCCCUUCUGUAUCGGCGUGGCCAUAUUACAGCAGCUCAGGGACCGCCUGCUGGCUAAUGGCUUCAACGAGUGCAUCCUACUCUUCUCUGACCUGCCAGAAAUUGACAUUGAAAGAUGUGUCCGUGACUCAAUCAGCCUAUUCUGCUGGAGUCCAAAGAGUGCAACCUACCGGCAACAUGCCCAGCCACCCAAGGCCACCGGUGACAAUAGUAAUUUUGGGAAAACGCCAGCAUACCACUCCUCUGAUUACCAGGACAUGCCCAAGACAGACCUAUCCCGGGAGCCCCUGGCACUGAGUGACCUGAAAGCAGAAGUGUCCCCGCGGAUAUCCGCUGAAGACUUAAUUGACUUCUGUGAGUUGUCGUCAGGAGGACCAACCAAGAGGACCAGGGCCAGCAAACCCAAAAUCGUAGCCAUUGAUAUCCGCAAUGGGGAUGACUUCAACAGAGGUCAUAUCACUGGCAGCAUCAACAUUCCCUAUAGCACUGUGUUUGGUCCUGACGGUGAAGUGGUGCAAUGUCCUGCAGCUGGAGCCCUCCAAAACUACAAAGGAUGUGUCAUUGUAGUCAUCAGCCAUGCCAUGAAGAGUGCCACUGCGUUUGCAACCCACCUGGUGAAGAUAAACUUUCCACGGGUUUGUGUCCUGGAUGGAGGCAUCAACAAGAUGAAGCCUACUGGACUUCUCACUGUUCCCUCACCCCAGAUCUGACUGGACGUCUCAGCUGUCAGUCAAACUCGACUUCACAUGAACAGAAAGGACCAGAAGAAUGAUAUUCUGUUUUGUGCUGAUAAUAAAAGUUGAAAGGAGU